UAUUCAAUUCCAUCGAAGGAGAAUUUCAGUUGAUUGGAAAUUGUUGUGUUGUUUUGAAGUGUAUUGUUUGCGGCAGUCAAUUGAACAAAUUUUUUUUUAGGGAAAAGUCUCAAAUAGUUAUAAAAAGAAUUAAAAUUUAUUGCUGACACAAAGAAGGUGUCGAAAGCGUAUUACUGAAAGACGUAGUGGCUAAAAAUAUAAUUGAAGUGUAGUGCAUAAUCAAGUGAAAAUAAAUAUGAAAGUUACGCGACAGUGAUGUGGAAAAGGAAGCUGUGAAGUAAAAGGAAAUAAUAAAUUCUAAUGGAAUAAAUUUUCGAAAAAUAUAAGAAUAUAACAACUGGUGUACAUUACUUCACAUAAAGCAGCUAAAAUUGUUGAUGUGUUUAACAAUACAAUAAAAUAAAUAAAAAAUAUUUAAGAGUAAGUGCUAGAAAGCUGUAAAAGUUGUCGUCUACGCUUAUCGGGUAAUGGGUAGACGUCAUUCUACUGCAAAAAAAAAAAGCGCAUAUAGUAGAUAAAUAAAGGAAAGAAGACCUACACAAACGCUGAAAGGCGAUAAAAGUGAAGUCUUUUUGUCUGCAGCACAUCAAAUUGCCUUGCUUUACACCCAAGUGCCCACAAACGGCAACGAUAUCUAUUUGCGCGUACGUAUUCGUCAGAAAUCAGCGCACAAAUUAAGACGUUGGAGUACGUUAGACAGCGCAGAAUUGCAAAAAUACAGUGACCAAGCAUAUUUGCAGCGCUGCGUGCGUUUCAGCAAAGAUACUUAAGCAAAGAAAUAUAAAAAACAGAAUUUAGCGGAUAUAAAUUAUUCCAGUCAUUCAAGCAAACGAACGAUCUAACAACGAUUACGCUGUACGAAGUAACUGCCAAUAAAAGUCACACACAAACAAACAACAAGCUUAAUAACUUCACGUGUUGCAGGCCGUCAGCUGCGCAGCAACUUCAACAACGUCGACAAGCCAACAUUAGCAGUCGCAACAGCAACAACAUGAAUAAAGCCGGCAAACAUAUACAGAGUGGUAUCGGUGUGACCACAUCACCCACCGCUGUAAACUCAGUCGGUGCACUAUCAACACAAAAGAACGUCAUCAAUUCCAUAAUGAGUUUUUUACCCGACAAUCGUCCCAUUACGUCGUUGCAAAUUGUUGAGGACUACGAGAAAUGCCCGAAGAAUUUCACACCCAUACAUCGUACAUACGAUCAAGAUGCCGAUGCGGAUUUAUGGCGUGAAAAUAAUAUACUCUUCGGCCGACAGACAACACGCUAUUUAUGCUUAUCAAAGACUGAGGGCUUGCCCGAGUAUGUGGUGGAGACGCUUAAAGUGAUUCCCGAGAAGACACAACCACCCAAAGAGUUCUCGCUGCUCUCACGUACCGCCGAUACGGAACAGAAAGCGUGGCGUAAACGCCAAAUCGCCUACAAACUCACCAAACGCGGCAAUGUCACACAGGCAGUCACCGACAUAAUACUGUGUUCCAAAUUGAAAGUGGCACCGGAGGGUUUCAAGUUAGCUGGCGAUAUAAAUGGUGUAUUGAUUUGUUACAAAACCAGCGCCAUACCGAUACGCUCACCGCCACCUGUACCGCUACCGUUAGCGAAUGGCGGCAGCAUGGGCAAUAUCAGUAAUGGCAGCAGUGAGGUGGAGAAAGCGUUGAAUCGUUUGAAUUUGAGUGGCGGUGGAGGUAAUUGGAGUUGCCCACCCAAUCAGCCGCUACCGCCUGUGCCUAGUGACCAUGACUACGAAGAAAUACAGACUUCAUAUCAAAUCAAAUCACCACAACGACCUGCACCGCGUCCACCAAACACAGCACAUUGUGCCACAAACACAUCGGGACAUAGUGUCGGCACUUUGGGUGCCUACUCGGAAGUUGAGGGUGUGCCAUUUGUUAUAAAUCCAAUGCUAAAGCGUAUGGCGGAUAGUGAAUUGCCCACUUUGCCACAAAUUGCGGACGUGCUUAAAGGACUCGAAUAUGAUUUUCAAUUAGAGCGACAAAUACUUUGCACUAUGAAAUCGUCAGCAUCGAAAAAUCCCUUCUUUAAAUGAAAAAUGUCAUAUAUAUUUGAAAAUAAUUAAAAAAUAAUAAUAAUGAAAAAAAUAAUUGAAAAAACAA